CUUGCACUUCUUUGAUUUCAUACGUUUACCACAAAAAUGAAUCAUCCGCCGCCAGUUUCCUGUAUUCCAAACACUGCCAAAAUGUCGAAGGCUAAAAAAGUUAUUGAAGAAGCCAAAGAAAUUAAUAAUCCAGAGAUAGAUCUGGUUGAUAAAGGAAUUUCUAGCUUAGAUGAAAUACCAGGCUUAUUUAGCUUGGAAAAUAUUACAAGAUUAACUUUAAGUCAUAAUAAGCUCCAAGUUGUGCCAGCUGGUCUUGCUAAUUUGAUGAACUUGGAGAUAUUAAAUCUUACCAACAAUCACAUUGAAGAACUACCUGUGAGUUUGUCUUCUCUACCAAAACUAAGAAUUCUCAAUGUAUCCCUUAAUAGGUUGUAUGCAUUGCCUCGAGGGUUUGGAGCUUUUCCUGUACUGGAAAUUUUGGAUUGUACUUAUAAUAAUCUGAAAGAGACUACAUUGCCUGGAAAUUUCUUUAUGAUGGAAAGCCUAAGAGCUCUUUAUUUGGGAGAUAAUGACUUUGAAUAUCUUCCGGCUGAGAUUGGAAACUUGAAAAAUCUUCAGAUUCUAUCCAUGAGGGAGAAUGAUCUGAUUGAAGUACCACGAGAGUUAGGCCAGUUGACAAGAUUGAGGGAGUUACAUUUACAAGGAAAUAGACUUGUUGUGUUGCCACCAGAAAUAGGGUUCUUGGAGCUCGCAAGUAACAAGUCAGUGCUACGGCUUGAGGGGAACUUUUGGGUUCCUCCCAUUGAAGAUCAGUUGAAAUUGGGACCCUCUCAUGUGCUGGACUAUCUUCGUUCCGAGACGUAUAGAGUUCUGUAUAGCCGACACGUGUCUGCAAAGCCACCUCCGCCGCCUCAGACGCUUGACAAAAGCAAGAAAGCAAGCCGAAUGCGAUGAUUAGCAAAUAAUAAUAUAUGACUUAUAAACAAAAUUAAUGAUCUAAUACAAAUAACAUCCACCGUUUUAGACCAAAAUGUUUUUUUCUAAAACCUAAUUCCUGAAUUGUUUUCAUUUAAUUAGCAUUUAAGUAUGUAAUAGACAAAAUCUUGACAAACUGUCGAGAACUGACAACAGAGUUUGACUUUUAAAAAUUGACCGAUGCCAAAAUGGCUUUGAUGUAUUGUGUUGUGUUCUAACUGUAUGCUUUAUACUAAUUUAUAUUUAGGGUAGAUAAAAAUAUAUUUUUGUUAAUAAAUUAACGAUUUAUGUAUCAAACAAGUCUAGCUUUUUGGCUUAAAAAUAAUUUUGAACAAAAUAUCUAUUAUUAAUAAUAUUUGUUAUUAUGAAAUUAAUCCAAUUUUAUAUGAACUAGAUUGUAAUUUAAGUAAGAUACGAAACAGAAUAUGUAUGUAUUUUAAUUAAUGUGCCAUAAAAUUUGUGUCGUAGUGCGUUAUCUGUGGAAGAUUGGUUUAUAUCUAUGUGGACUAAUUGUUUUCUUAUAUAAUAUAAUUGAUUAAAAAUAAAACAAAAUUUAA